AUGUCGUCUCUUGAUGAUGACCAUCCGACGGUUGAAGUAGAUCUUCCCGACGAAUAUGAAAGUGCUUCUGACUGUGAAGCAAAGGAUGACUGCACCUAUCUUGGCAAUAUUCUGAAAGUGGAAAAAUCAUUAAGAAAGACUAGAGAAUCAGUGAGUCCCGGCGUCUAUCCCGGGUCCACUGGAGCUCUUUCUUCACUUUCAAAUCGUCACACUGACGAGAAUAAAGCUCCAGUUAGUGCAGAAGUCUUUGAUUCUGUUUGUGGUCGAAAAACUGUGAAUUCUAUCGAUUUGAGGUAUAGAGGAUUGCGAGAUGAACGUGAACUUGUGCAGAAAAAGACGUUCACAAAAUGGGUCAACUCACACUUGGUUCGAGUCAGCUGCAAAGUACAAGACCUCUAUAUGGAUAUGCGAGACGGAAAAAUGCUCCUCCGACUCCUUGCAGUUCUCUCUGGUGAACGCCUGCCGAAGCCGACACCGGGAAAAAUGCGUAUCCACUGUCUCGAGAACGUCGAAAAGGGUCUGCAGUUCUUGCGCAACCAACAUGUGCAUCUCGAAAACUUGGGUUCACACGAUAUCGUUGACGGAAACUCACGUCUCACGCUGGGUCUCAUCUGGACGAUCAUCCUCAGAUUCCAGAUCCAAGACAUCACUUUUGAAGACGCUGACAAUCAUGAGACACGUUCAGCGAAGGAAGCGUUAUUGUUGUGGUGCCAGAUGAAAACGGCUGGAUAUCCAAAUGUCAAUGUCAAAAACUUCUCGACCAGUUGGAGAGAUGGUCUUGCAUUCAAUGCACUUAUCCAUAAACAUAGAUCUGAUCUCGUCGAUUACGAUAAUCUCCAGAAAUCCAAUGCUCUUUAUAACUUGCAAUCUGCAUUCGACACUGCAGAAAAUCAAUUGGGAUUGGCCAAGUUCCUCGAUGCCGAAGAUGUGAACGUUGAUCAACCUGAUGAGAAAUCAAUCAUCACUUACGUAGUUACCUAUUACCAUUAUUUCAAUAAACUCAAACAGGAUAACAUCCAAGGAAAACGUAUCGGAAAAGUGAUCAAUGAGCUCAUGGAAAAUGACAAAAUGAUCAACCGAUAUGAGACUCUUUCAUCCGAUUUGCUCGAUUGGAUACAUGCCAAGAUCCAACUUCUCAACGAUCGUCACUUCGAGAAUAAUUUGGAAGGAGUCCAGAAGCAGCUCACUGAGUUCAACGACUACCGUACUCAAGAGAAACCACCAAAGUUUGAUGAGAAGGGAGAAUUAGAAGUACUUCUGUUCACUCUUCAAUCAGCAAUGCGUGCCAACAAUCAAAGACCUUUUGUGCCGAGAGAAGGAAAAUUGAUUGCAGACAUCAAUAGAGCAUGGCAAUCCCUUGAAAAAGCAGAACACGAGCGCGAGCUUGCACUGAAAGAAGAACUCAUCCGCCAAGAGAAACUCGAACAACUCGCUGCUCGAUUCAACAGAAAGGCUGAGAUGCGUGAGACUUGGCUCACUGAGAACCAACGUCUCGUCAGUCAAGACAACUUUGGGAACGACUUGUCCUCCGUCGAAGCUGCCACCAAGAAGCACGAAGCCAUCGAAACAGACAUCUUCGCCUACGAGGAACGUGUUCAAGCAGUGGUUGCCGUUGCCGGAGAACUCGAAGCUGAAAACUACCACGACCAAGCAAAGAUCAACGAGAGAAAAGAAAAUGUUCUCAAGCUCUGGAACUAUCUCUUCCAGCUUCUUUUGGCUCGCAGAGUUCGUUUGGAGCUCUCUAUGGCUAUUCAAAAGAUCUUCCACGAUAUGCUUCUUACCCUCGAUCUUAUGGAUGACAUCAGAAGCAGACUUCUAAGCGAAGACCUUGGUGCCCAUCUCAUGGACGUUGAAGAUUUGCUUCAGAAACAUGCUCUUCUCGAGUCUGAUAUUAACAUCAUUGGUGAACGCGUCAACAACUCCAUCGCUCAAUCGCAACGAUUCCGUAACGAAGAUGGACCAGAUGGAAGUGGCUACAAACCAGUUGAGCCAGGAACCAUUGACGAGAGAUGCGACACUCUACAACAGAAGUACAAGGAGCUUCUCGAGUUGGCUGCUGAACGCAAACGACGUCUUGAAGAUAACAAAAGGCUCUGUCAAUUCUGGUGGGAUGUUGCCGAGUUGGAACACGGAAUCAAGGAACAAGAACAAGUUCUUUCUUCCACCGACACUGGACGCGACAUCGUCACUGUCUCUCAUUUGUUGGCCAAGCAUAAGAACGCUGAGAACAAUCUCAGAGAUUUGGAGAAGUAUCUCGACCGUCUCGAUGUUUCCGGAAGGGAAUUGCAAGAUGAGAACAUUCCAGGAAGUGACAACAUUCCUCCAAGACUUGCUGAGAUUCGCGACUACAUCAACAAGCUCAAGGAACUCUCUGCUGCUCGAAAAGAGAGACUUGCUGGUGGAGUCGAAUACUACCAAUUCUUCACCGAUGCCGAUGAUGUUGACCGUUACUUGUACGACACUCUCCGCGUUAUGUCAUCUGAAGACGUCGGAAAAGACGAAGGAACUGUUCAACUUCUUCUCAAGAAACACGAUGAUGUCACCGACGAGUUGCAAAACUUCGACCAACACAUCAAGGUUCUUCACGCCAAGGCCGAGUCUCUUCCACAAGAAGCCAGAGAACAUCCAGACAUCAGACAACGUUUGGAUACCACUCUCAGACAGAAGGCCGAACUCGAGAAUCUUGCACAACUCCGCAAGCAAAGACUCAUCGAUGCUCUUUCUCUGUACAAGUUGUACUCAGAUGCCGAUUCUGUCGAAUCCUGGAUCGAUGAGAAGGGGAAACUUUUGGCUACAUUGGUCCCAGGACGCGAUAUCGAAGAGGUUGAGAUCAUGAAGCACAGAUUCGAUACUCUUGAGCAAGACAUGAAGAACCAAGAAGCCAAGGUUGCUAAUGUCAACGAUUUGGCUCGCCAGUUGUUGAAUGUGGAACAUCCAAACUCCGACGAUAUUCUUCACCGCCAAAACAAACUCAAUGCUCGCUGGGCUCAACUCCGCGACAUGGUCGAUCAAAAGAGAAACGAACUCGAGAGAGCGCACCGUUUGGAGACCUUCCGUAUCGACUGCCAAGAAACUGUCACCUGGAUCGAGGACAAGACCCGUGUUCUCGAGGAUUCGGAUGCGUUGACCAACGAUCUUUCUGGAGUUAUGAAGCUUCAAAGAAGACUCUCCAUGAUGGAACGCGACUUGGGAGCCAUCCAAGCCAAGCUCGAUUCGCUCCACAAAGAAGCUGAUGACAUUGAGAGAGAAAGACCACAAGAAGCUCAAGCCAUCAGAGAAGAUAUCAAGAGAAUUCACCAAGUAUGGGAUAUCCUCAACAAGAAGGUUCGCGAGCACGAGGCCAAACUCGAUGAGGCUGGAGAUCUUCAACGAUUCCUCCGUGAUUUGGAUCACUUCCAAGCUUGGCUCACCGCUACCCAGAGACAAGUUGCUUCUGAAGAAGAGCCACAAUCCUUGGCCGAAGCUGAACAACUUCUCAACCAACACGCUGCUAUCCGUGAGGAGAUCGAUGGAUACGCUGAGGAUUACAAGAAAAUGCGUGCUAUGGGAGAUCGUGUUACCCAAGAUCAAACCGAUCCACAGUACAUGUUCCUUCGUCAACGUCUCGCUGGACUUCAAGAAGGAUGGGAAGAAUUGCAGCGUAUGUGGGACAACAGACAACACCUUCUCUCACAAGGACUCAAUCUUCAAAUGUUCCUUCGCGAUGCCAAGCAAGCCGAAGUUAUGCUCUCCCAACAAGAGAACUAUCUUGCCAAGGACGACGUUCCACAAUCUUUGGAGCAAGCCGAGAACCAACUCAAGAGACACCAGGACUUCAUCACCACCAUGGAUGCCAACGACGAAAAGAUCCGUGCAGUUGGAAUGUUCGGAGAUCAACUCUGCCAAGACGGUCACUACGCCGCUGACAAGAUCCACAAGAAGGCCAGAAACAUUGAUGAGCGUCGUGGGGCUAACCGUGAGAAGGCUCAGGAAGUACUCAAGAAGUUGAAGGAUGCUCUGUCUCUCCAACAAUUCUUGUCUGAUUGUGACGAGUUGAGAGAAUGGAUCGAGGAGAAGAUGAUCCGUGCUCAAGACGAGACCUACAGAGAUGCCAAGACCAUCACUUCCAAGUUCGUCAGACAUCAAGCAUUCCAAUCCGAGCUUGCUGCCAACAAAGAACGUCUGGAUCAACUCAAACAUGCCGCCAUCAAUCUUGGAGACGACAAGCCAGAAUAUCAUGGAACCAUUGAUCCACAAAUUGAAGAGCUUGCAACUCAAUGGGAUGAGUUGGAGAAGACCACCGAGGAGAAGGGACAAAAGUUGUUCGAUGCUAACCGUCAACAAUUGUACGUUCAAAGCAUUGCUGAUAUGAAGGAAUGGGCUACUCAACUUGAGAAUGAGAUGACUCGUGAAGAUCAACCAGCUGAUCUUACCACUGUUAACGUGGCUAUGCAGAAGCAGCAUUUGAUCGAGACAGAAAUGAUCAAGAAGGCUCAACACAUCGACCAGUUGAUGGAAAUGGAACCACAACUCGAGGAGCUCCAUCCAGAAGAGCUCGAAAAUAUCAGAGCUCAUCGUUUGGCUGUUCAAGAACAACUUCAACGCCUUCAAGCUCCAUUGGACGAUCGCCGCAAAGCUUUGGAGAGAAAGAAGGCUGCAUUCCAAUUCGGACGCGAUGUCGAUGAUGAGAAGCUGUGGAUCUCGGAAAGACUUGUGCUCGCCAGAGCUCAAAAUCUUGGAGAAAGUCUUCCAGAUUGUCAUCGUCUCCAGAAGAACCUCCAACUUCUCUCCAACGAAAUCGAUAAUCACGAGCCAUGGAUCAACCAAAUCUGCAAUAAUGGCCAAGAACUGAUCGAUGAGGGACAUGCCAAUGGACCAGCAUUCGAGAAGAAGAUCCAAGAAUUGCGAGCUGCUUGGCAAGAGUUGAAGGACGCUGUCAAGGAUAGAAAGGGUGAUCUUGGAGAGAGUGAGAAGGCUCAUCAAUUCUUGUACGAUUGCGGAGAGGCUGAGGCCUGGAUGUCCGAGCAAGAAUUGUACAUGAUGCAAGAUGAACGAGGCAAAGACGAGUUCUCCACCAAGAACCAGAUCAAGAAACACGAACGUCUUCAAAGCGACAUCGACAAAUUUGCUGAUACCAUCCGUGCUCUUGCUACCAAAGCUCAUAAGUUCGUCGAAGAGAAGUCACCACUCAGCGAACAAAUCACCGUUCGUCAAGCUCAAAUCGAGAAACUUUAUGCUGGACUUCAAGAUCUGUCCAAGGAACGCAGAAAGAGACUUGAGGAGACCCUGGAACUCUACGCUUUGCACCGUGAGAUCGACGACCUUCUUCAAUGGAUCGCCGAUAAGGAAGUUGUUGCUGGAAGUCAAGAGAAUGGACAAGACUACGAACACGUCCAGAUGCUUCAAGAAAGAUUCCAGCAGUUUGCUCGUGAUACUGAGAACAUUGGAUCUGAACGUGUUGCUAAUGCUAAUGACGGAUGCGAUUCUCUCAUUGCUCACGGACAUACAGACGCUCCAACCAUUGCUUUGUGGAAGGAUUCGUUGAAUGAGGCUUGGGAGAAUCUACUUGAGUUGAUGGACACCCGUGCCCAGAUUCUUGAAGCUUCUAGACUCCUCCACAAGUUCUACCACGAUUGCCGUGAUUGCCUAUCCAGAAUCAUGGAGAAGACCCAUGCCAUGCCCGAAGACCUUGGACGUGACUCGAGCAGUGUUGGAGCCUUGUCGAGGAAACAUCAAAACUACCUCAAGGACAUUGCUGCUAUUGGAGAACAAGUUGCUCAGAUCGAGAGAGAUGCUGCUGAACUUCGAGAUGGAUAUGCUGGUGAUAAGGCUUUGGAUAUUGGAUCUCGUGAAAGUGAAGUCGUCAAGGCCUGGAGACAUCUCCGCGGACUCUGUGACGCCCGUACAUCUCGUCUCGUGGAUACUUCCGAUCUGUUCAAGUUCAUGAAUAUGGUCCGUGAUUUGUUGUUGUGGAUGGAUGAGGUGAAGAGAGAAAUGAACUCACAAGAGCGACCGAAGGAUGUCUCUGGAGUCGAGCUGCUCAUGAACAAUCAUCAAUCUCUCAAGGCUGAAAUCGAUGCUCGUGAGGAAAAUUUCAACGCUUGCAUCUCGUUGGGAAGAGAUUUGCUCAACAGAAAACAUUACGCUUCGAGCGAAAUCGAAAAGAAAUUGAUCAAAUUGACAACCGAAAGAGCCGAAAUGAUGCGCAGAUGGGAAGAUCGUUGGGAAUAUCUGCAGCUCAUCUUGGAAGUGUACCAAUUCGCCCGCGACGCUGCUGUCGCCGAAUCUUGGCUCUUCGCCCAAGAGCCCUAUCUCAUUUCGAGGGAAUACGGUAGAAACCUCGAAGAAACCAUCAAACUCAUCAAGAAACAUGAGGCGUUCGAGAAAUCUGCACUCGCACAAGAAGAACGAUUCUUGGCACUCGAGAAGUUGACAACGUUCGAGUUGAAAGAGAAUCAACACCGCGAGGAAGAAACUCAAAAACGACGAGGACCGGCUCACAUCGGCAGUCCUUCAAGGUCUACUCCAGCCGCAGAAACAUCUUUCGGCGCCCAGGAUGAUGACGCCGACAUAACCCACAGCAGUUUGGAGAGUCACCGAAAGACUUCACAUGAGAAACGAUUGGCACACUCCGAAUCCAGCAGCUGGCGGAAAUCAUUGGCGCGCGCGCCAAAGUUCGACAACAAGGAUCCAAAGGGAGCCAAACAAGGAGAAGCAUUCGAAGGAACGCUUAUCAGAAAGCACACUUACGAGAGUCUCGACCGGAAAGCGGCCAACCGCUCAUGGGAGAAAUUAUACGCAGUGUUGCGACAGAAUGAAUUGGCAUUCUACAAAGAUCCAAAGCAUAGGGACGAAUCCGUACAUGGAGAACCCCCAAUGGCACUACCAGGAUGCUCUGUCAACGUGGCAUCUGACUACCAGAAGAAGAAGAAUGUUCUGUCGUUGAGGUUACCAGUUGGAGCCGAAUAUCUUUUGCAAUGUGGCAGUGAAGAAGACAUGCAGAGAUGGCUCACCGAAUUACAAGUCGCCACUGGACAAGCUCAAUUGGAAGAAGCUAGUCGAUCACAAACACUUCCAGAACAAGGCAGUGCCACCAAGAAGAAGGGAGGAUUCUUCUCCCGAAGCAAGAAGUAA